AUGACUCAACCAGAGUAUACCCUUCCCAUCAUACAACUCACGCCACUUGAAAACACAUUGAAAGCUCUUCUACUCGAUGUUGCGGAAUACAUACGCGAAAAGGCGAUUGGCGAAGGGCGCAGCGAUGCAGAACUCACAGUGCUACGAUUCACCGGAGGAUGGGUGCGGGACAAGUUGCUAGGUGUUGGCAGUAACGACGUCGAUGUCGGAAUCAAUAACAUGACUGGCUACCAGUUUGGCUUGCUACUCAAGGAGUACAUGGACAUGCCCGAAAACUUGGAAAAGUACAAGCAAAAGAACCCGAACGGCGAGUUUAAGCACUCCAUUGCAAGUCUACACAAAAUCGAGGCGAAUCCGGAGAAAUCCAAGCAUCUGGAGACGGUGACAACGAGAAUCUUCGGCCUCGAUAUCGAUCUGGUCAAUCUACGAAAAGAAACUUACUCAGAAGAUAGCCGAAACCCGCAGAUGGAAUUUGGGACGGCCCAAGAAGACGCGAUGCGCCGAGAUGCCACGAUCAAUGCGCUUUUCUAUAACCUGAACGAGGAUAAGGUUGAGGACUUGACUGGAAGAGGAUUGGAGGACAUGCAGAAACAGAUCAUUCGUACCCCGAUGGAGCCGUACCAAACCUUCCAGGACGACCCGUUGCGCGUGUUGCGCUUGAUUCGGUUUGCCAGUCGACUGGGCUAUGAUAUCGACGAGGAGACACAGGCAGCGAUGCGGAAUGACUAUAUUGGUGAGGCACUCAAGCUCAAGAUCAGCAGGGAACGUGUGGGCAAGGAGAUAGAGAAAAUGCUUCAAGGUCCUGACCCCCGCGGUGCACUGCAACUUAUCGAUCGACUUGGGCUAUACCCGACCAUAUUUGCCAACCACCAGGAUGGCGCGCAGGCGGAUACCUCGUCAUGGCCUCUGGGGUACAAUGCGCUGGAGAGGAUUGUUAACCCUCGUGAUGACGACCCCAAGGCUAUUAUCCAACAUGUGCGCGAAUUUCUUAUACGCGACAAGCUCGAAACCUACUAUGCCUGGAUGAUUGCAGCAUUUGCUCCAUGGUCUAGUGUUCCGGCCCGCGUUGCGAAGGGACCUAAGGCGAAACCUUUGCCUGCUCGGACAGCAGAAGUCGCUCGAGACAGCCUCCGGUCCGAUAACAAGACAAUGGCAGUGAUUGGUGAUGCAGCAUUUAACUGGCAGGCCAUUACAGACGUCAAGAACUCUCUCCUUGUGGGAAGUAUGGACGGAACGGCAGCAGAGGUGCGACAGCAGGUCGGACUGCACAUCCGUUCAUGGAAGAAAGAUUGGAGGCUGUGUAUUCUUCUUGCCAUGCUCCAGGAAGUUAUGAAUGGAGGUGACUUUAUUAAAGUGGUGGAAGCGUAUGACCGUUUCAUAUCCUACAUUGAAGAGCGGGACCUGCAGGAUGUGUAUGAGAUGAAGCCACUCGUCAACGGGGGCGAUAUUGUGAAGGCUUUCGGUUGCAAGCCUGGGCCCUGGAUGUCGAUAGCCACGGAUAUGGUGGUCAAAUGGCAGCUGUUGCAUCCGGAGAUCUCCGACAAGGAAAAAGCACUGGAAGAGCUCUACAAAAAAUCCAUGGAGGAGCUACGCACAGCGGCACGUGAUGCCAUCCACCGAGGUGGUGCUCGCAUCCCAGACUCACUACUUGCCAACAUCACCGUCCCUGAAGAGCUAGAGAGUUUAUGGGACAACAUCUCUCCUCAAACCAACAUAGUAGACUCGACGACAUCUGAAAACCUGUUCCUUGUUCGGGAAUUCCUGCGACUCCGCAGCCCCAAAGAACUAUCGGAUUCCGAUGAAAAUGCAGCAAACCAAAUCUAUGCUUGGGCAAAAAAGAAGGAGUCUCUUGUUCGUGAGGACAAGCUAAGAUCGUCACUAUCAAUAUCACUAAUCUCAGCAUUGGACUCUCUUCUACCAGUUUAUAAAGCAGCAGAUGUGCCAGACAUCAUCCUGGCACUGGCAAGCUUUACAUCCGAAGCAGACCCGUGGACAACAGAAGAGUCUCGCGCAACCUCUACUGAACUACUAGAGAGAUUCAACAAAGCAACACGCUCCACCCCCGACGCGUCUUUCUGGUCCAUUCUUGAAGUCAUCCUGAAAGAGCGAAUCCGACCCCUCUUCACCAAGACCAGAAACCCGGCCAUCACAGCAGCAGGUCGCAAAGACUUCCACCCCAUCCCUCUGCCACGAUUUGACAUGAGCGUGCUCGACCCCGAGUCGAAGCCAUGGCGAGCACACGACAUCUACUCGGUCACUGUCCUCUCCUGGAUAGUAGUCCAGUACCAGCCUACGGACAUCAAACGUCUCGAAUCCCAUUUCCCCCUCGUCGUCCCCCCAAUCCUCGCCCUAAUCGACGACGAAACCAUGCCCUACAAAACCCUCGGCUGCACCCUACUCACCCACCUCCUCCACCCCAUCCAAGCAACCCAAUCCACCAUCCUCCAACGAACCAACCUCUCCUCCGUCUUCACCGACGCCAUCAAACCAUGUCUUCUCUCCCUCCCUACCAUCACCCCAGAAGACGACUCCAUCCGGAUCCUAAGCGCCGCCUAUCCAGCCCUCCGCCUCCUAUUAAAAACCAGCUACCUCGCCCCAUCCACCACCACCACCACCAGCAAAGCCACCUACCAGACACACCUCACCCAAACCCUCCGCGAAAACCUCAUCCCCUCCUUCCACCACAUCAGCACCCUAACCCCCACAGACAACCAACAAUCCGCUCUCGCCUCAUUCCCGCACCCGCGUCUCUCCACUCUCCUUCUAACCCAAAUCCACGAUACUAUCAUCGACCUCUCCAUCCACACAACGAAAUAUCCUCAAGAGAUCAUCCCCCUCAUCUCAAACACAUUAUCGAAUCCAUUCGGAACCGCCCAUCCACCUCUCCUUCUUGCAGGGGUGGCCGUCACAAGAGCGGUGAUUCUGAAUGCACACCCGAGGAUAUGGCGCUGGAGAGGCGAGAUUCUUAGCGCGGUAUGUAGGUGCUGGUUAGGUGUGAUGGAUGAGAUUAGUGAACGGCAGAAGCAAAAUAGUAAGGUUGGUGACGAGGAUGUACUAGGGAAGUUGAAACUGGAGUUACAGGGAGUGGUGUAUUUAUUGCGUCUUGCGUUAGAGAAUCCGGAUGAGAAGAUGCGUGGGGAUGUGGGGGUGAUGGAGGCAAAGGAGGGGUUUGGGAGCGAGGUAAAGGAUUUGGUUGAUGCGGAGGAUGGGUUGAGGGAGUUGCUUUUGGGAGUGGUCGAUGGGAGGGAUGGGAAGUUCUUUGGGGUUUAG